CCAUACCUAGCUCUCUUAUGAUUAUUCCUAUUUCUAUUCUUCUUUUAAAGAGCAUUCUGAUGGAUACAUAAAAAGUGAAAAUAGUAGAAAUAAUAGAGAUGAUAAAGAAAGAAAAAAAGAGAAACAAAAAAGACAGCUAGGUAUAGGAAUGAUAAGCAGUGGAAUGAAGAUUACAGUCUUGUUGGCCAACAUACUAUUUUGUCACCCACUUGCCAUUGCCGUGGCUUCGAGGAGCUUGUGUUCAAGUCCCCUUGGCACGCUUGGGUACUCCGCAAAGAGGAAGAGGUGUGAGAGGGUCUCCACGAUGCUGUGUAACCAUCGGGGAGGAGAGGAGUGGGCGGGCGGCCAUGUGCACCUCGGUGCCGAGAAACGAUUUCCGUUGUUACCAGUCUUUGCUCCUUCCUGUAUCCAUGCAAGUAUACUUUUUACCUCACAGUUACACAACGGUUUCUCCAAGCUCUCCGACUCGUGACUCUAGACUUUAGAGAAGAAGGCAUCCCGAUAUCGCACUCGUGAUCUGCAGGUGACCGGCGCAGCGAUGCUUCAAUGAACGAGAGCGAUGUCGGAGGGCUCGCUGUA